CCAGAUGAUACAGCUCUUCUUUUAUAAGAAUAAAACUGGAAUUUCAGUGUUUUAGAGUUCUGUCACAUCGAUCGAUUUUGAAGAAAUUUCAUUUGCAGUAAAACGUCUUUAGCGAUGUGAUUUGUGAGAUAAUAGCUCAAGAUGAAAAUUACCCGGCGAAAAUUAUUAUUCUUUUAGGGUUAAAUGAAGAUUGAGUUAAACGCUGAUUUACUUUUUGUUUUAUGUUUUAAACAUAACCAGUACAUAUGUAGGAAGAUGUAAUUAGUUUAGAGAUUCCGGUUUUGUUUUUAAAAUAUUGCGAAAUAAAACGACGGGAGACGUCGAAAGACGACGAAAAAGCAAGAUUGAACAAACAUGGAAACUGAGUUGAGUAACCUCAUCCUCUCUGUUAUAAUUUAGAGCAACACUCAAGAGCCAGUUAACAAACGCGUCAAUCCGUUUUAAUUUAAAUACAGUUGAACCCUAUUUAAUAAACGUUAAAAGGAUAGGAUUAGUUUUAAACAAAAAGGUUAAAAUCCGUCCUCACGAUUUGUUUUAAUCGGAUCUGAGAGGAGUGCGGAUUGACGUUUUCACUCUCGGAACCGCAUACAACCAUCUUGCUGUGAUGAUACCACGGUCAAAUCAGGUCGCGAAAUGCCUCUACCUCAAGUUCUACAACUACUUGGAUCCGCUGUCAUGCCUCACCGUCGUCCAGGCGAGGAACGUGACACGUUCGAGAGGCGUGAGGAAGUUUCCGUGCGUGAGGAACUCUUCCACUCAGCCUCCGCAGAGCCCGCCGGAGCAGAAAGCUGCUGCAUCCUCACAGCAGUCGAUGGAGAGCAAGACGGUGGACAUGAUUAAAGAGGCCGUAUCGAAGGGCGAUUUGAAAACAAUGGAACCGGCUGUCGAAAGCACGACUCCGAGCAAACAGACGAGUCAGACGACGGUAAUAAGCGAAUCCAAUCUAACCGGGAAACAAGAGCAGAUCUCCGAUGUUAAAGCGAAUCUAAACUUAUCGGUGAAGGAAAUUGAGGCUAGUGUCGUUUUGGGGAAAAAACCGAAGCCGGUGGAGAAGGAUGAGAAAAAAAGUCAGAAGCCCAAAGAGGCGAAACCAUUGAAAAAAGCUGUAAAGAAAAGAAUUCGGGUAGACCUAACUGCCACCUCGAUGGAACGGAAUUUUAUAACGCCGGCUAAAGCGAUGUCAGACUUCGCUUUAAAACCCAAGGACCUCGAAUGUCUCAAAGCGACUAAGAGGAGAUCUCCGUAUGAAAAUGAACCGCCAAUCAGCGUUUUCUGGAGGAAAGACGUUGAAGCCAAAGCGAUCGAAGUCUGGGGUUCAAAAGAAAACCUUAUGAAGGAACUUUUAAAAAGGGAGCUUGAAAGAAAGCUUUAUGUACAAAGUAUGUUUUCCAACAAAAGACGAUUACGUGAUUAUAGAAGGGAAGUCAGUAUUCAGACAGAAAUGGCCCUGAGGAACACAGCUGGUCUUUUUGGUUCCUCUGGUAAAGUCGUUCUUACAGCGAUCACAAUAAAUGGAAGCAACUUCCUCUUCAAGCUGCUUGCCUGGAUGUACACAGGGUCGCACAGCAUGUUUUCGGAGAGUAUUCACUCGUUGGCCGACACCAUAAAUCAGCUGAUAUUGGCUUUCGGAAUUCACAAGUCCGUUCAGAGAGCUGAUGCAGCCCACCCGUACGGAUAUUCAAAUAUGCGAUAUGUGGCAUCACUGAUAUCAGGAGUGGGUAUAUUCUGUGUAGGGACUGGCUUGUCUUUAUACCAUGGAGUUACAGGCCUACUAAAUCCACAGCCUACUGAGUCUUAUUUUUGGGCAUUCUGCAUUCUUGCUGGUUCCUUGGUUUCAGAAGGUGCUACGCUUAUGGUCGCAAUUAAUUCCAUCAAAAAGGGUGCUAAAGAAAGUGGAAUGUCUUUUCAAGAAUAUGUUUUUAGAGGUCAGGACCCGAGUGUCAACGUGGUCCUUUUUGAGGAUAUUGCUGCAGUUUUAGGUGUGGGCGUUGCGGCUUGCUGCAUGGCGCUUACAUCCGUUUAUCAGUCACAUGUUCCCGACGCGAUUGGUUCUUUGAUAAUCGGUGGGUUACUUGGUACCGUCGCCUCUUUUAUUAUUUAUACCAAUGUUGCUGCAUUGGUCGGAAGGUCGAUUCCACAAGAACUUUUAGAAAAGAUCAAUGCCGAGCUUGAAAAAGACGUAAUGAUCAGAGCAAUUCAUGAUGUUAAAGGGAUUGAUAUGGGGAAUUCUCUAAUAAGAUACAAGGCUGAGCUAGAUUUUGAUGGAAGAGAAUUGGCCAGAUCUUAUUUGGAUCAUCAAGAUUUACAAGCGAUGCUGGAGGAAGUGAAAGGGUUUAAGAAUGUUGAAGAGUUGGAAGCAUUUAUUCUGCGACACAGCGAAUGCAUUAUAGACAACAUUGGGAGUGAAAUAGAUCGGAUAGAGAUGAAACUUAGGACAAAGUUUCCUGAAAUACGUCAUUGCGAUCUUGAACUUCUGUAAAAAUUCAAUUAACUAUUUGAAAUGUUUUUUCUGUGAUAGAGCAGUCGCGAAAGUCGUAUAUAGUCAAUAAUAACUGUGACCGAGUAUAAUUUAGAAUGUUGUUAUUGAUACAUAUAUAUUUUUUUUAAAUGUUGCAAAGUUCCCAAAGAAAUUCCAUAAUAAUAAAAUUACCUUCUCUUUUUAUUGAUGGUUAGUUUGAAACUGUUAUACAAAAUAAACCAAAUGAUUGUGGUUUAUGUAAAUAGGUUUUACAAGUGUAUUUAUUUAUUUAUUAUUUUGGCUAAAACUCGUUAGUGUGUUAAAAACACUUGUGUUGUACUUACAGUAUAAUUUAAUUAUUUUAAAUACUGUAAAUGAAAAAUAAAAUUUUCCUAUAUUAUGUUGACUAUGUUUUAGUAAUAUUUUUGUAAUAGUAAAAGUUGCUAUGUUUUGUAAAUAUAUAAGUUGCAGUAGUGAACAAUAUCCAUCUAUAUAUAUUAUAAAAUAUUAUUAAAUAAACAGCUAUUAAUUG